AUAGCAGAGCAGCAGAGAGAGGAGCCCGUAUAAAACUCUCUGAGCGACUCACACAGCCGCUCACAGUUACACUGGACUGCAGGGUCAAGAACCUGUAACGUUAGCGGGAUUACAACACCGACUUUUCUACAGAAGUUCGGUUAUAACACCGCCGUAAAAUCAUGAGCAAAGAGGUGGAAAUGAAGGAGGUCGAGCUGAACGAGCUGGACCAGGAGAAGCAGCCAAUGACCGGAGAGACUCCGGCAGGAACGGAGAAGAACGGCUGUGUGAGGGUGAAGGUCCCGGAGGACACCGAAGUCAAAUUCACCGGCCUGUCCAAAGAGGAGCUGAUGAGAGUGGCGGGGACUGCAGGAUGGGUGCGGACUCGCUGGAUCUUGCUGGUUCUGUUCUGGCUGGGCUGGGUUGGCAUGCUGGCCGGGGCAGUGGUGAUCAUUGUUCAGGCUCCGCGGUGUAAACCCAUCCCCGAAAUGCACUGGUGGAAUGAGGGUCCUCUCUACCAGAUAGCCGAUGUGAGCGCCUUCUCUGGAGACAAUGGCUUUAAAGGUGUGGAGGAAAAGCUGGACAGUUUGAACCAGCUGAAGGUGAAAGGUUUGGUUCUUGGCCCUAUACACAGUGUUCAGGCAGACCAGCCGAGUACUCUGGAUUUCAAGACCAUUAACCCGGUGGUGGGCAACGAGAAAGACCUGAACAGCCUGCUUGAAAGAGCCCACAAAAAGGGUAUCUCCAUAGUGCUGGAUCUGACACCCAACUAUGAGGGAGCUGCAGCUUGGUUCCACAGUGCUGCUUCUGUUGCUGAGCAAUUCAAGGCUGCAUGUGCCUACUGGCUCCAUAAGGGAGUGGACGGCUUCCUUGUGUCUGAUCUGGGCCAGAUUGCUAGUACUGCUAGCUGGCCAUCCAUUCAGGCUGUUGUCCAAACCAACGCCACAGAAGGGACCAAGAAAACGGCUCUGAUGGGCUCAGUCACCAGUGUGUCUGUGGAUGAUGCCUCUCUGCUUCUGAAUCGCUCUGGAGUUGACCUGUUGCUAACUAGUCUGCCAGACCUAACCCAGUCUGGGGUGGACCAGGCUCAGACCAUCAAUAAGCUUUAUUCUAGCCAUCCACAGACCAGCCUGGGCUGGAGCUUGAGUGGACGCUUGUUAGGUCCGCUCACCUCCAGAUCUUCAGCUGUGCCCAUACGCCUCUACCACAUGCUGCUCUUCACCCUGCCUGGCACUCCAGUGUUCAACAGUGGGGAUGAAGUCGGGCUGAAAGCGGGGGAACCUCUUGAUGUAAUCUGGGAUUUGGAAAGUUCAGCUGAGGAGAAAAAUGAAACAGCAAAGACUGUACGAGUGGAACGCAGUCAGCUGCGAAGCUUUUUCAAGGCUCUCAGUGAUCUGAGAGGUAAAGAGCGAUCUCUGCUCCAUGGAGACUUCGCCUCUCUCUACAGCUCUGCCUCCUCGUUUGCAUUCCUCCGCCUGUGGGAUCAGAGUGAGCGCUUCAUCACUGCCUUAAACUGGGGUGAUGCCCCUGUCACCAUGACGCUGGCCAAUAGUGACCUGCCCUCGGAGGCCCGCGUCCGUCUCAGCACUGAUGUGGAGAAGCUAGCUGUAGAUGACAUGGUAUCCCUAGAGAAACUGCAGCUAUUGCCCAAACAGGCUGUGUUACUGUCGUACCCUUAUGCAGGAUAGACAUAUAAUUAAAAAUACUCAUAUACACAUACAAAGACCCUUUGUGCGUUGUUUUAUCACCAUCAGGACUUCCUCCUAAGGUUAAAGUGGAAUUCCAUUGAUUUUUCAAAAGGUCUACAUAAAAACAAUCAUAGAGAUGUAAACAAAGUGAUGUGAAAUGGAGCUUGGUAUAAAACUUACCAACUCAGAUUUCCUUUUACAGUAGUGGUGACAGGAACCAGGCAUCUACAACACAAAUAUAGCCCUUUUAUUUACCAUUUAAAAAGACUAGUGAUCCUACACAAGUUUUCUACGUUUUUAUAUUCAGUGUUGACGACGGUAAAAUAGUGUUAAAUCUAAAACAAAUAAGUUUUCUUUGGGGACUGUUUGGCCUUACAACACCCUGCAUGUAUCUCACCGCCUUGAAUGGAUUUUAAAAAGUAAUUUUAGGGCCAAAUCCCUAACCAAGACAACCAGACAUCAGGUAGCGUAUUCAUAACCACUUCAAAUAUUAACUUUCUGUUAGGGAUCUUUUAGAGGUAAGCCUAUUAAACUCUUUAGAUGUCUUUUAUCACCACCUCUGUGAACAGUUCUGACUGUAAGUUUCUCUAGAACAGCGUACUUCACGUCAAACCACUCUGAAUAGCUUCUUUAACAUCUUGAUGAUUUAAUUAUUCAGACAUUUUAAAAAGCUGUAGAAUUCCCUUAGUGUUAAAGAUGUUUGACAAUUUAGUUUGUUCUCAUCAGUUCAUAAUUAUUAUUAUGGAAAAAUGCAAUCUGUCUUAGAUUAGGUCAGUUUCCUACUAAAUGCAUCAGCAUAUCUUUUAUAGUACUUUAAGAUAUGUUGUAGGGGCACUAACUGGAACACUGAAACAGUCUUUUGUAAGUUAGGGGGUCUUUGGACAUUCCAACUUUGUGUGUGAAUUGAUGGAAAGUGUAAAAUUAAAUAAACAGUUGCA